CUUCGGAGCUUAGACUGAGGGCCAUCUGACCAAUCAGAGCCUGUCAAUCGACCUCCUGAGCGAACAACGCAUCUCCAAAAGGAAUACUACUCAAGCUAGGCAUGGUGGAUAAUUACGCCAUUACCAGAGUACUAUCCAUACCUAUCAUAUCAAGCUCUUCACACGCCCAGGAUACGGGAAAGUACGCUAUUGUGAUAACUCUCUGAGGCGUACAAUUCUUUUGGAGAACGGACGCAAACAGUUUUAUUCUUCAAGAAAAAGGAACAAGAAAACCCCACAAAAUGUGGGAAGUCGAUCCCGAGACGAGGUCAAAGCUCCUCGCCAUACAGAAAACCAACGAUAACAACAACUGUUGCGACUGCAACGCCCCGAACCCACAAUGGGCAUCUCCCAAAUUCGGCGUCUUCAUCUGUUUGUCAUGCGCUGGCGUGCACCGCGGGCUCGGCGUCCAUAUCUCCUUUGUGCGCUCCGUGACCAUGGACGCCUUCAAGCAGGCCGAGAUUGAGCGUAUGCGACUAGGUGGCAACGAAAGGUGGCGCAAAUUCUUCGAGGAGCAUGAGGAUACCAAGAUGCGGGGUCUGAGCUGGGACGAUGCGACUAUCGCGGAACGGUAUAGUGGCGAGGUUGGCGAGGAGUGGAAGGAGAGGCUCAGUGCCAAGGUUGAAGAUAGAGAAUAUGUCCCUGCCGAACGACGGAGCACACCACAACCCAGCGCAAGUGUCGCUGCAAAACCACCUACCAGUGGAUCGCGGCAAAUUAGCAGGACCGGUACGCCGCUAAGCGGGACGAAGAGGACUGAGAGCCCGCACCAGGUUGGUGGUACAAAGGCAAAGGUCGACGAUAAGUACUUUGCGCGCUUGGGGGAGGAGAAUGCGUCACGGCCCGACGAUCUACCGCCGAGCCAAGGAGGGAAGUAUGCAGGCUUUGGAAACACGGCCAUGCCGACAAAUACGACCGGCGGCAGCUCGAGUAUACCGGACUUUGGAGAACUACAGAAGGACCCCGUAGCGGCACUUACGAAAGGGUUCGGGUGGUUCACAUCCACAGUAACAAAGACAGCCAAGGGGAUCAAUGACGAUUUUAUUCAGCCUACGGCUAAGCAGAUCUCAGAUUCCGACUUCGCAGCACAGGCACGGUUUGCAGCAGGCAAUGUAGGCCGGGCCGCUCAAGUAGGUGCUGUGAGCGCCCAGGAAAGGUUCAACCGCUUCGUUGAGGGGCCCGAUGGAGGCGGCAGCAGUAGGUCACACCAAACACCGCUCGACGAAAGCAAAAAAGACUUUUGGGACGACUUCUCGUCGCUUGCGGACCAAAGGCAUGGUACUGGCGCCAAGUACAGUUCCAUUGGCACGUCAGCCAUGGGCAAGGCACCGGGAAAGAACUCCGGGCCUGCGUCAGGAAAGACUAAUGACGAUGAGUGGGAUGAUUGGUGAUUGAGGUAGGGGCAUGGAAAGGGUAACGAAGCGUUUAAAGGGUCAUGGCAGCGUCUGGGUCGAUGAAUUUCCCUUUAACUAUAUACAUCUCUAAAUAUUUGCUAGUACCUACCUCGUCAUAGGGUUAGAUGGAGCCUGGAUAGCGUGUCUAUUCAGUUGACAGGUGUGAGGUUAUCAAAAGGGGCCCGAACCGUGAAGUAGAGGCUCCGUUGUAUUUUGACUUCAAUUUUACGUCAGCGCCCCUCAGCGCAUGGAGCCCUGGGAAUAGGUAGGUAAAUUCCCACAAGAUGCAUUGUCUCUACAUAGGUUUAUAUUCCUUACGAUGACUUAGCCUACGACACACGGCAAAAGUCGUCCAAUGUUCUAGCCUUUCAAGCGGAUUGUGGUCAACCUAGGUAGAGUUACCUCGCCGCAGCCUACAUACCUUGCCUACCUAGGUAUACGGAUAUACAUAUUUCUUUCGGGUUGGCGCAAGUGGAGACCAGUAGUGGCUCUUGGUGAUAUACAUGUACACAUGGAGAUAUCCUCGAAAUGGGAUGAUCGAUUACGCAUCAAUACGUCUAAUAUUUGACCUGA